UCGUGUCGGACGCGUACUCGUUAGCUUCUCGAUAUCCCAGUAUCGUCUGCUCUCUUCACAGCUGUCAGCUUCCGGUGGGUCAAUUAGCUGCGUUUGGGCUAGCAACGUUCCGCCACGUUCCCACCGCACGCGGAACGACCAAUAAAGUUGUGUCAGUCGCCGUUUGCUGCCACCAGUGUUUUCAAGCCCACCAGCCUGCUUCGAUUGGUUGAGUUGAUUGAUUGAUGUGACGAUUUAGUGAGUGAAGUGAUUGCUGGUGCCUGUGAUUUGUGUGCACUACGCACAAGCAAUGGGUGCAAUGUAAAACUGUAGUGCGUCAUCGGGCGAGCUCCGUGCUUUUGCAGUGCUUUACAAAGUGUGUUUUGUAGCAGUUUAAACAUGUGCUCGCAAAGUGUGGCAAACAGGAAUGCAAACAAUCAAUGUGUGCAAACAUAAUGACCUCCGUUGUGUUGGCCGUGGACAAGGCUGUCGAUGUGAAAUGCGGGAAAGCAGCAACACACUAACACGGUUAGUGUGACCCACACCCAGCACGAACAACAGAGCCCAGCGUGCUAGACAGGCGAAAGUGCUCAAGUAGAGCGUUUGAGCUUGAACCCAAACCCUCACAUCGAUAACAAGCGGUCAACGCGGUACGGAAAGCAAACAAAACAAGCAAAAGAAAAACAGGGGAAAAACAAUCAAAAGAUAAAGAAGAAAACACGUUCGCGCCGGACAAAAAAAACCACGAUACCCACUCUUACCACCAUGGACAACCUUACGGCCGAGCUGUCAAACUUUACCGCCGCCCCCACGGCGGACGGGUUCGUGGGGCCAGUGACAGCCGGGCAGCUGGCUGGCGCCGUCAUGUCAACGCUGCUGGUGCAGCUCGUAACGGCAGCAACAAGUAGUUCCCGGACACCGACAACCUCCUUACCGCCACCCCUGCCCACUGCCGAGCAAGAGCGCGACCAUUACUACGACCCAAAGCACACGACCGGACCCACGCCACCGCCGGCAGUGGGACUGAACGAGACCGAGCCUAAUUUAUGGUUCGUAACCUCGUUAGCUCUCUCUUCCCGAUCUCAGCAGCAACAACAGCAGCAGCAACAGCAGCAGCAACAACAGCAGCAACAACAUCAUCAACAGCAUCUGCACCACACGACGACGGGAAGUGGCAGCGGAAGCGACAGCAGCACCGGGCUGGGAGAGGUUUCCCCCGUCACACUUUCCACCGAAUGGCCGCGUCUCGCUCGAUUACUGCUGCUAGCCUGCCUAUCCGUCGUCGGCAGUAUCGGCAACGUUUUCAUGAUAUCGUCCGUUAUGAUAGAAGACCAUCUGAAGAAAGCAGGCAAUGCAUUCAUAGUGAACAUAGCGCUCGCAGAUUUACUUAUCACUAGUGUAGUGAUGCCAGCGUCCACCAUCGUCCUGCUGGCUGGCAUCGACAAUUCCGACACGGAAGUAUGCAAAUUUCACUGGUUCUUAGCUGCUUGCUCGUUUUUGGUUAGCAUUUUGACCUUAGCCAUGAUGGCGGUUGAGAACUAUCUGCGCCUUUGCACGUUCCAGAACGAGCGCGGCUGGUUCAACAAAACCAACACGACGGCGAUCCUGCUGCUGAUCUGGGCGGUGGCCUGCAUCGCGUCCGGCAUGCAAUUCGUGUACGACAUCCGGUUCGACUACUGCAACUGGCGCGCCCGGCAGGCCAGCAUCCCGCAUGAGGCGGGCGUGGUCGGGCUGAUCGUGCUGCUGCCGCUGCUGCUAACCUUCAUCACGCACAUCCGCAUCAUCGUGGACGUGAAGCGCACGAUGGCGCUGCCCAACUUUAAGCCGAGCCUCGCCUACACCUGGGACCUGUCGCUGGCCCGCACCAACUUCUACAGCUUCCUCAUCUUCGUCGUCUUUUGGCUGCCGUUCUGCGUCAUCUUCGCGUACGGCACGGCCCGCCUCGUCUCGAACCGCGUCUUCUACACGACCGUCUGGAUCGGGCUGUCCAAGUCCUGCUUUCACAACGUCAUCUACUGUCUCACCAAUCGGCACUUCCGCAGCGCCUACAUCAGCCUGUUCAACUACUGCUGCUGCAAGACGACGGUGGCCGUCUCGCGGCGCCAGCGGGCGGACGGUGGCAACCGGCCGACGGCGGACGUGCGCGUCCACAUCAUACCCGGCUACAACAUGUACUCGUACACCAGCCCGCAGCGCUCCGGCAACUGCCACGGCCACUGGGGCAAGAGGGACUGUCACGAGUUAUGAUCGGAAACGUAGCUAAAUUAAUCGAACCGUACCGCUGCUUCGGUCGGGGGCUGUGCGAGUUGCGCGGGUCGAUUAAUUUAAAUGCAAGAGUGCGUGGAGGGGGGGAGACAGUCAGGUCAACGGCCCGGUUGUGGGUGGUUCGGGGGAUUCCGAUCGAUUUGUUUCGACCGGUUCCAAGGCGAGAGAAGGAACGGCUCUUAUCGGUCUUCAGUUUUAAGGGAUUACAGUCGUGGCGGUUGCCUCGGAGGGCGUGCGAAUGGCGUCAGCUGUUUGUAUGGACAUUGGCUGCGGUUGGUUUCUCAAAGAGCCCUCUCGAAUGGAGAAAUGGAGAACUAAAAACAGAUCAGUAAUUUGUGCUGGGUGGAGCUUUUAGUAAGGCGGUCCGGAUUUUCCACACACACACACACACACCCUCUGCACCAGCAGCUGGUAGGUUCUCACGUGCUUUCUCACGUAUGAAGCUAUUAUUAUCCUUACUCUAGAGCGUGUUACGCCAACCGUGUCCCUUCAUUAAGAGAUUACACACCCCUUCUUUAGUUUUGUUCGGGCAGCCUGAGACGGUCGUGAUGGUUCAUUACAUUUUAAAACGAAAUUGAUUUUGGUGUCGUUUUAGGCGAUAAUUAUUUAAGUCCGGAGCGAUUGGUUUGGGGCGAACAGCCACAAAAGAGAUCGACGUGGAUAACUCAUCACGAAGACAGCAGGAGCCUAAUAACUAUUUCCCAAUGCGUUUCUACUUUCAUUCUUAUCCUACAACACGCUUCGCUAAAGCACACCUUACUCUAACCGCGUACUAACACGGUUCACUUGUUCCUCUCUACCGUAAUGUCCACGUAAAAACGCUUGCCAACAACACAUAAAUGGGGCUAACAAAUCGAUGUUUUUUUGUGUUACACUACCUGUCCGCAUUGUGCUGUGUGUGGGGACGAAUAUGUACUCAUUAAAAAAUGAAACGACAAGCGCAAUGAAUGCUUAUGCUAACAAACCAGAGGGGUUGAAUUGUGUUGAAAAGAGGGACUCUGAAACAGUCGUACGAUACGAGGGCACAAUAAAGGAAUGCAAAUAGAAGCCAAAUAGACACACUUAUCAUAAUGCAAACUUGAUUGUUCAUGUCGUCGCCGCACGUAUGCAGCAGAGGGAUCGGCGAUAAAUGUUUCCCGACACUACCACUACCUACACUGCGUCCCCCGAAAUUUCUUUGAUUGGUCACCUUACUCAUGAGAGUCUUACACUGUUUUCCGGCUCAGGUUUUCAAUGUGAACAGCAUUAUUCAAAAUUUGCAAGAUGUUUUUGCAACAGCUGUCAUUCUUUGUGACAGCUGGGCUUUUAAAAAAGGGUUUUGCGAUUGUUGUGUACUGCCGUUCACAUUAGAAACUGGAACCCGGCAAACAAUGUAUGGUAUAAAAUAAAUAAUUUCAUUACCAUCAUAACAUUUACCAUAACAUAACAUACAUAAAUCAUAUUUUAUUUUGCCAUUCUCCGCUGACACCACACAUUUCACGCGUGUACACAUUUGAAAUUUGUUGUGAAGAAAUAUAAGAUAGAUUAAAUAAGAGUUAAACGCUUUUUUUGGGUAAAUAUAAAACUAAAAUAACUUAAAAACUUAAAAUGAAUGAUUACUUUCACUCGAUCGCUAAACGAUCAUUUACGUGUAUGAUCUUAUUUUAACUUACAGAGUGUCUGAAUUAGUUGGAAAUAUUAGUCACUCAUUUUUAAAUACUUCCUAGGUAUUAGUGGCUUUCUUUAAUGGAAAAAAAUGUUACAUUUGAUCCUAACAUAUUGCGAAAGCAUAACAUGCAGAAUAAAUUACCUGUGUGCUUUUUUGCAUAAAGUAUGCUCUCAUUCUUUAAUAUGUUUUAUAUUAGAGUUGUAUGACCAUCGGUAGAGCUGUUGAGCUGUCUGAGGUCGGCAAAGAAUCGUGGAAUUGCUAAUAUUGAAAUUGUUUCAAAUUUAUUACCUUCCAAGGGUAUUCAUAGUUUCAGAUCUCUCUUCAGAGCUUCAUGGAAAUACGUUGCAGAAGUUUGUUUUACAAACACAAGAGGUUAAAAAAACAAUGUCUAGUUUCAGUACUGUUUCAUCAUUCAGUAAAUUUUACGGUCCGUAAGUUCUUCUUUAGGUUUCAUCCUUUUUCUUGGAAAAGUUUGCCACCCCUGCGAGUUUCUAAGUAUCAAAUUGCUGGUUCAUCAGAAAUGUAUGAAGUACCUAUGCAAUUCCGUGCGUAAAUUACUUUUCUCAUUUUUCUGCUCACUUAUAAAAGACAGGAUACAUAAUUUGCCACAAAAAAAAACAACUUGCUCGGUAAUUAUUAUUUUUUAUUCAUUAAGUUCAUAGCGCCAACGUUGACUUCAAAAUGUUACAAUAUUUAUUCGUUAUGACAUACUUCAAAUAAUACUUGUGGUAAACAUUUUUAAAACACUACAACGAAACAGGACAUGGAAAACUAUUAAUAGCACAGCCAUCGCCAUUCUGCUUUUUGUUGCAUUAAGCGGCCACAAAGAAACUGGACGCAGUGUAUCAAUACAGCUACUACUCAUACUACUACUACUACUGUUACUUCUACUAUUACUACUGCUACUACUACUACUACUACUAAUAAAUGCCCGCCACCGUAGAUUUGAUGUUUAAAUGUGACUGGACGUAACCAAUUGAAGUGUAUAGGGCGGUGUGAAGUGUGUAACUCACCCCCUACUAACUGUGAGCAAAUCGCUUAAAACAUGCCCUAACAAUUUGAUGUAAUUCUAAUUGAAACGUUUAAAGGCGUACAGGUUGAACUAUAUGCUCCGUGCGAAUAAGUGAGUUAAACAUAUGGAAAGACCCAUGUAUACAAUAAAUUCUACCCCUUCUAAUAUCAACGCUGAGGUGUUCGUGUGGUACUGCAUACCGGGGUGAAACUAGAAAGAGUAAAACAGAUAACAAUAAUUUCUGGAAAAGUAAAUGUACACGAUAAACCCAAGAAAAACCAAAGACUUGCACGCACUGAAAAGCUGGAACAUAGCAAUCGACUAGUAGACCAACUAAACCGCAAAAUAUACUUAGGAGCACGUGAGUAGCUAGACGUGACAAUGAUAGGCACAAUGAUCGCGAAAUAAUUAAAAAGGCCAGCUGAGCAUAGCUAACUAUUUUAAAGGGUAUAUAUACACACAGCCACACAGAACUGUUGCAAUAUAAAGCCGUUGGUUUUUUGUACAUAUACAUACUAUAUACACUAUACAACCAUAUAAUGUAUACACCCAUAUAAAUUAUACAGAUAUAGAUGGAAGUAUAUAGAGCGCGGCCGAGUCCGAUGUAUCCUUGUUUGUAGAGCUAAAGCUAAUACAUAACCGAUGUGAUUGUUCAAAUGAAAACCUAACAGAUAUUGACGUAUUGACGUAAAUUGAUUGUGAUGCAGGGCAAACCCCACCACAACUGAAACUUAAAUAUCAAACACUAUCGGAACGGAGCGAAGAAACAGAGCACAAGAAUAACACAAAAGCACGACUGAUCCUCUUCUACUAGACAUGCCCAUGGGAGGAGGGGAAGCAAACGAUUCUAAUACAAUAUAGUGGCCCUGCAAAGAGAGUGAAAACUGGACAAAUAGAACCAGUACGCCGUACGGCAGAAUGGAAAACCAAUACGACUCCAAGGGAACAAUAGAAAUGAACUUAUGUUGAGACGACGUAGCGUACUGCGUAGAUGGGAAACUGCAACUGUGCAGUUCAAUAAUGCAAGGCGUGCGCGCACACCCACUCACACGCGUAUACACACGGUCUAAAGCGGCACGAUGGUGGACAAACAUUACUGCCUCCCUUUGGUUGCCCUUAAACCGUUCCUUCGUAGCCGUUCCGUUCCGCCGAUGACUAACAUGUAUGCAAACAGUCAAAGUCAUACGUUGUGAACCGCGGAUUCGAACAGACACCCUUUUAAUAAUUUUAUUUUUCCAACAGCCCUUCGUUUCCUUGCUCUCUUUUCGAAGACAAUAUUUCUUGUCUGUGUCCUUAUCGAUGUUCCAGAAAUGAAAAAUGCAACUUGCUCCUUGAACGAUGGUGUCCCUCUGCGAAGUUUCUUCUGUUUUCCAACAAUUAAAAAAAUCGUCCACCAUCGAUUGCCGCCGGUCGGUUAGGUCGGAGGGAGUUAACGAUACGGUGGGUGUUUUGUAACUGUGGUGUUCGGUGUACCGUGUCCGUGUCCGUGUUUUCUGCAGUUUUAAAUUGCCUUUCUCGAAUACACAUGAAUAGCUGUGAUGAUGAUGAUUAUAACACGUUUACCUAUAAAUAACCGAAAGCUACUAGAGCGGGAACCGUAUAAUACAGAGGUGAAGGAAAACCGGCCAAUAUGUGGUUUAUGUUAACCGUUAACGUCGCAAGUAGCUCGACGCACUCCAAAAAUGGCUGCCAAGCCGCCAAAAACAUGGCAUGCACGUCCGACAGGAAAAUGUUUCCUUCCCGGCCAAGGAUUGAGGUAGUUAAAGGUAGGCUCUAAGUCUGUGAAUGGAACAAAUUUUAAUUGGCUUGUUGAUGGUAGGAACGGUUCCCGAAACUGGCCCCACAAAUAUACCGAAAGAGUGUGUGUUUGCGUGUCCGUGUGUAUGUAUGUUGGGGAAGUAUGUGUGUAAAAUGUAUUUUAAAUAGAUUCACACUUCACAGCGGGAAAGAACAUUAGAGAGAGAGCAGUGUGAAUCAGCGCUGGGCUCGAGUGCCCGAACGAAUAAAACUAUCAUCAAUACAAUACCUAGCUGUACGGAGCCUGCCAUGUGCCACCGUCUCGUAUCUUGUUAAUCAAAAACAGAACAGAAAAAAACGAUGUAAUAAAAACCCGUUCCAAGCCGGACGAUUACUGA